GUAUAAUAAAAGAAUAUAUAUUUAUUUACUUAUAUAUUACGGAAAUCUCGUAUGGAAUAUCUGAAAACAUAUAAAUGCCUUCGCGAAAUUCUUUGGACGUGAACAGUUUCAGUCACCGAUCGAUCAAUCCCGUUCUUGUGAGAAUGCGGAAAAUAUCUAUAUACGGCAACUCGACGAAGGAAAUAUGUCCUUGUACGUACUCCUGGAAAGAUUGAACUUGAGUCGCAUAUGACGUCGCGGUCAUCCAUCGAUCGUCCCCGACUUUCGACAUGUUGUCGCUCACAGCUGCAUUCGCUGCCCGUGCAUCUAUCGCGGACUCGAGAGGAUCUCUCGUAAGUACGAUCGGACGGGUUAAUGGUGUCCAGCAUCCGGUUCACCGUUCGACGGUCACAUUUCUUCGCAACGAUUGAGAAGCAUCUCCAUUCGCGCCAAUCGUGCCGUGUCAACCGUCACGUCGAGGAAAUGCGCUGCAAUACUGAUGCCAUUUAAAAGAGGGAUAAUAUUAUCGGGCUAUUUUAUGAGUUCAACGGGAUAAGUGACUAUAUUGAAAUUACAGCGCCAGAAGAAAAAUAUUUUCGAUAUUCGCAACUGUGAUAUUCGGCAAUACAUCAUACCAUUAUCGCGUAUAUUAUGAUAAGCAAAACCAACAUCCGCCUCGUGCAGCAGCCAACAACAGCGGUGGUCUCUGACGCAGUCACUCUCACAUGUCAGUUUCAGUUGGGAUCAAUUGUCAUUUUCAUACAACAAUUACACUAACAGAAAAUAAACUGAAUCAACAUGAGGGUCACAGCGUGUCAUUUUCGCCGCUGCAUAAUUGCGGGACUGUGCCUGGCACUUUUAUUUUGUGUCGUACAAGUGAUACGAAUAGAAUUAGGAUUCACUGAAUCUGAUAUGUCAAAUUUAAACAAAUUAAUGUACAUAUCACAAUUGAUCAAAGAAUCGGAACAGUCCUAUGUGAGAGAUGGUGCCGUUGCGUGCAAAUUACCUCAGUUAAAUAUCUCUAGUCCAGAAAUAAUGAGGUUCAUACAUGAUGUACCACCCUUAUCUUGUGGACCAGAUGAUUGGAUUACAGUGGAAGGCUCGAGACUUGUUAUUACGAAUAAAGCAAAGACGAAACACGGACAAAUAAAAUGCAUCUUCAGUGAAAUUAUCAGAACAGAUGACUACAAUACAAAAUUGUUGGAUGGCAUAGAGGCUGAUGAUUUUUACAUUUUGAGGGAGAGCGAUUUUGCAGAUGUCAGAUGCAAGUCGAAGAGCGGAGACGUGUGGCACAGCAUACUCGCAGGUGUAAAAUACGAUCCGUAUAUCAAGCGGAAGCACAAGUGGGACAACAUGCCGGACACGAUCCUGAAAUUGAACGUGCUCAUGUUCGGCUUCGACUCGCUGUCACGAAACACGUUCAUUCGCAAACUGCCCAAGACAUAUCACUUUAUGAAACAGCUGAACGCUCUGGUGCUCGAGGGAUACAACAUCGUGGGGGACGGCACUCCGCAGGCGCUCAUCCCGAUUUUAACCGGCAAGAUCGAGCUCGAGCUACCGGAGACGCGUAAACGAAUCCACAAGGCGAAUUACGUCGACGUGUAUCCUAUGAUAUGGAACAAGUACGAGGAGCACGGAUACAUAACGGGUUUUAUGGAGGACGUGCCGCACAUCGGCACGUUUACUUACCGCUUGAAAGGGUUUGACAAGCAACCGACCCACCACUACAUGCGCACCUAUUACCUAGCCGCCUCUCCGUACUUCAAAACGUAUAACAAAUUCUGCAUAGCCGGCACUCCACGUCAUAUGGUGAUGAUGAAUUACAUGAAAACAAUGUUCAAUGCGUAUAAAAAUCAGCCGAAAUUCGCAUUUGGGUUUCACGGAGAACUUUCUCACGACUCUUACAACGACAUCGGUGUAGUGGACAACGAUUUAUAUUCGUGGGUGAAGGAUCUUAACGAGCUUGGACAUUUAAACAAUACCAUUUUGAUAUUGAUGAGCGAUCAUGGACACAGAUUUGCGGAUAUUCGUAACACUUUGCAAGGUAAGCAAGAGGAAAGAUUGCCGUUUUUCUCCUUCAUUUUUCCACCCUGGUUCAAGCAAGUCCAUCCGCAAGCGUACGCGAAUUUCGUGUACAAUACACAGUACUUAGCGACACCAUUUGAUAUACACAAGACAUUGGAGAACAUACUUAACUUUGAUACGCCAAAGGAUGGAGAUCGUCGUCAGAGAGCCAUCAGUUUGUUUGACAAGAUGCCUCUAGACAGAACAUGCGCAGAUGCGUUCAUAGAGCCCCAUUGGUGCGCUUGUCUCGGAUGGAAAGAAAUCUCAAUUGACGACCCGAACGUUGUGGCGGCGGCCAACUACUUCGUGCAAUUUCUCAAUAGUUACACCGAGGAUCAUCACAAUAUAUGCGCGAUACUGCAUCUGAACGAGAUCUUGUGGGCUGCCAAGCUCAUACCAACUAAAGGUUUACUUAAUUUCCGAAAGUCCGGAGAUCAGGACGGUUUCAUAGGUGAUUUCAGUGCCAAAACCAAAGUAACGACCGAGAUUUAUCAAUUGAAAGUGAGAACGGUACCGGGCGACGCGCUGUUCGAAGUGAGCAUCGUUCAGGAUCUCGGGAAGAAUAUUUUCCACACUAAGAUCUCCGAUGUCAGCAGGAUUAACAUGUACGGGUCUCAGGCGAGAUGUGUAGAAAACUCGCUGUUUCAUUUACGCAAGUACUGUUACUGCAAAGGAUAAGUGACGCUUACGUAGCAUAGGUAGUUUUAAAAAUUGUACAUAUGGCGCGGUAGCGCUAGACAUCGACAGAAAAGAAGUCUUUGUGAUUGUAGCGCGCGGAAUGUUAUUUAAUUUUAAGCGAAAGUGCUGUGAUUAUAAUACCGUUUUCUUUUUAUUAUACAAACUGCGUAUAUUGGACUAAUGUUAUAUAUGUUCAUCCUGAUCGAGUUAUUAAUUAUUUACCAAAAAAACACAGUUAUCAUUGUUAGAGAAAAUAUCAUAUGGUACAUAUCGCUCGUGAGAGAAUCCUCACAUUUAUCACAAUAACGAUUAUUAUCAGAUAAUAAUACGUUAAUACGUUUUUUUAAUGCUUGAUGCAAAUUAUAUUUUAUAUCUUGCAUACGUUCGAAAGAUAAAUCAUUACAGUCGCAUAAUAUUGUCUGAGAUUAUUAUGCAUAAUAAUAAAAUGUAAAACGUAUACAUAAUUGAUAUUGAAGUACAUACAAAUGAUAAUUCGGCGAUUAGUCGGCUAUAAUCUUGUAAUUAUUUAAAAUUUUUAUAAAAUGAAUUAACGUAUGUAUUUUUAAACUUUUGCUUGAAAUAAAUACAUUAAUAUAUUGUGCCAACAUAUUGUAACAGAAAGUGAGAUUGUAAUGACUCUAAAUUUUUUGAAUAUGUUUUAAUGUGAAGAAUUUUAUUAUUAAACUAUUAAAUUUUUUUGACUGAGGCAAUGAAAAUUAUAUUGUUUGGAUAAUAACAAUGGUGAGGGAAAGAAAUUUCUAUAUGUAUUGUAAAGGAAAAGGUUUAUAAGGAAUACAAAGAUACAGGAAUACAAAGAUACAUGACUGGCGUUUAGAAAUUACUAAGUAAUAAUUCGUCUUUAUGAUAAAAAAUACAAGCAAAAUAUGCUAGUCACAUCUAAGUCAUAAGAAAAACGGGCUAAUACUUGUCAUUCAAGCGACGAAAUACCCCUUUUCACGAGAGCAAGAAGCUUUAAAAAUAGAUAUUUUAUAGAGCGAAUGCUUUCGUGACUUAAAUUGUACAUCUACACUGUAUAUCUCUAAAUAAAACAAAUUGCUGUAAUCUUUAUACAGGGUGUGGCUAAAGUAAGGUAACAAACUUCGGCGACGUGCUCCCUACAUCAAACACAAAAAAAAGUUUAUAUAAACAUGUGCCCACAAAUCCACUGUUUCUGAGAUACAGCUUAAAAUGUUUAUUAAUGAAAAAUGAAAAAGUAAUAUUUAUUGUCAUUUAAUUUCUCAUUUAUUUAAUUUUUUAUUUAAUUUUUUAUUUAUUUUCCAUUUUUAAUUACAACAAACGUUCAACAAUUUCUCGAAGUUAAUUACCUUCUUUUAGUCACAUUCUAUAUAUAAAUCAGACAAGUGUUACACACUUAUCUAUUUAUAUACUCUGGACUAUAAUAUGUUCAUACCUAUGUAAUUUCAGUGAAUGUCAAUAUAUUUUGUAAUAAAUUAUCUAUUUAGAGAAUGA